AGAGAGCAGGCCGAGUGGAAGAUUGACCAUCAUCCUUGUUAGUCCGUUGCCGCGAGCUCCGACUCAAGCGCACCCUGCCGCCGAUGCGCUUUCUUCGUUCGCAGCGAUGGUGUCGACGCUUGACCUGGCGAAGCGGACCCUCGCCUCCCUCCCGCGCACGCUUGCGGCGGCGCACGCGCGCGCAAUGAAGAUCAGCCGGGGCCAGCGGGAGCGACAGGAAACAGGAGGAGAAGUGGGCACGCUUUCUCGUGUCGCCGAGAUGCGCGUGCCUUUGGAGAAGUGGGAGCUCGCGCAUUGCAUCCGAUCAUGUCUCAAGCAGCGCUGCUGUCGUAUUGUCAUUGCCACUCAGGCUGCAGUCAGGUAUACGAUCAUUGUUCUGCCCCGUCUUUUGGAUGUGCUCACGACCCUUGUUAGCUGGCACGUUAUUGUUUGUAUUGGCAAGACUUGUUGUUUCUGGAAAAACGGACCCAGCAUACCAGGCAUGGGCUGAGAAAGUGUACAAGGAGGAAGAUGCGGAAGAGGCCGUCAAAAAGGGCAAUGCGAUAGCUUGUGCAUUUUGUCAAAUCGUGGCUGGAUCGGUUCAGAAGCAGUUCAACCUCAACAAGCAGAGGGUUUUCGAAGAACGGUUUGGAGAAGAGGAUAUGACGAGCGUGCUGGAAGAAUUGUGUGACGGAAUCGCACCUCGAAUUGCAAAGGCCAUGAAGGGGUACAAGAAGGACGCAGAGAUGAUUUGCAAGAGGGUGGUACGGGAGAAUGUCGGUGAUAUGAUCGAUGCUGUUUCUCUCGGGGAAGACAUGAACGAGUUCUGCAAAGAGAAUGGCCAGUGCCCGAUGAGAUUGGACAGCAUGAUGGGGAUGGUCAAGAAGAUGACGGAGGCUGCGAGUCGCGAAGAUUCAGACCGCGGUGAGCUUUGAUACCUUGCAUCUGCCACCGUCACAUUGCAACGAUUGAUUGUUAAGCUCAUUGAGAGCAGCUUGCGUGAUAAAUAUCUUGUAGUUGUUUGGUAUCACGUUGUUUGCAAAUGUUUCGCCAUGUCGCGAUUCCGUUCGAGGUUCUAGCGACCUUUUGAUCUUCAACCGCAUCCGCGCCGAUUAAGUCGUACCAGCCAAGUUGUGCGGAUAUGCGAUGCAAGGAAUAUCGAUGGGCGGCUCUGUCAGAUAAUAUAUCCGGGCGCCCGACUGCGAAGUGUGAACAUUAUAGUCGCCAGCUUCGAAAAUACAGAGCCACCAUGUUUCCAUUUGCCAUGGAUCGCCGUCGCUCUCUUCACUUGGAUGCCGAAUUUGCCUGCGCGCGAUGAAUCAUGCCGAACUCCUUUCGGUCACUGCCGCCGACCCCCGUGCCCCUGGCAUCGAGGGAUCCCUCGUCGCCAUUCCGGUAAUUGUCACCCUUCUGCUCCUCCUCUCUUGGGCGCCCAAGAGGCCUCCCCUCUCUCGGCGAGCCCUCUUUGACCCGUGGGGCUCCAUUGAGUCUGUGUUUGGCCCUCGCUGGUCAAUGCCUGGGCCUUCUUGCUGCUCCUUGUGGAGUCUUAAUGGGAACUCCUGGAGCCCCUCGCGGCGCGCUGAGAGCCAUGUUUGGCACUCGUGCGGGCUCCGAGGUCACGCUGAAGGCACGUGUAGUCAUGUCGGCCAAUGUUGCAUUGGAGUCUCGCCCUGGGAGCGUGGAGCAAUGCCAAUUUGCAAGGAUCGUGACCUUGCGGAUCCAGUG